AUGGAGGAGGUCAGUGAGGAGGAGGUCAGUGAUGAGGAGGAGGUCAGUGAAGGAGGAGGAGUGAAGGAGGAGGUCAGUGAUGCAGGGGAGGUCAGUGAGGAGGAGGUCAGUGAUGAGGAGGAGGUCAGUGAGAGGAGGAGGUCAGUGAUGAGGAGGAGGAGGUCAGUGAAGGAGGAGGUCAGUGAAAGGAGGAGGUCAGUGAUGGAGGAGGUCAGUGAAGGAGGAGGUCAGUGA